AUGUGCAUCCAAACGGAGGAAAUCGUGCAUCGAAACGCUGGCAAGCCUUCAAACACCGGCACCAGCCAUGUGGCAUCGCACCAACUCGUCCCGACACUGCCCGAUACUAAGCAAUCGAUGGCUCCGACGGUGGAAGCCUCAUGGUGCUUGCUUCCUGCCUGGGACGAGGAUCGAGCGAUCGUGAACGAAAGCGGUUCGCUCGCGGAGGAUAUCGAUCGCGAUCCACUCGCUUCGGAUCAUUCCGGUUCCCGCAUCCUUUCGCGAUCGGUCGCUUGGUGUAGCACGGUGUAUUUCCAUCUCACACUGGCACUGGGUCGCUCCCAAGGCGCCAUUUUCCAGCAUCAUCAUCAUAACCGUGGCCAGAACGAGCGGCGACAGCGACGACGACGACGGCGACGCCAACGAGGGCAGCUACAAUGUCAACGGUCGUGGCCAACGGAGCAGGCGCCUCCAUUAGCACCUCCUCCAGGGCCUCAACCCUCCCCAACCGCCACGCAGUAUCCCCGCAAAAGCAUCCACCUCCUCCCGACCAUCCACGGGACGACGAAGCUGGUGCUGCUGAUUAUGGCACUAAUUGCCGUCGUCGGCCGUACUGAAGCCGGUACGUGCUGGUUGCGGCGCUUCGAGUCGACGGGAAAGUGCAACCAGCUGUUCGCACGAAACGUGACCCGGGAAAGCUGCUGUGCGGCCGGUUCCGGCGCGAAGGGUUUCAGCGAGAAGGACAUCACCGACGUCGGCCUGUUCUUCAUCAACGCGUUCAACGACGGCAUGGAGUGUGCGUCCUGCGUUGCGACCUGCGAUCGGGCAAAGUGCGGUCCAAACAAGCGCUGCGUGAUGCGUCACAAUCGGCCAAAGUGCAUCUGUGCACCGACGUGCAGCGGUGGCGGCGGCGGCGGCGGUCGAUCCUCGAAGCGCAACAACCAGCUGUACGGACGCCGCGUACCGAAGUCCCAGAAGCACUACCACCCGCAGAACAUAAAGGUGAUCAACCUGAGCGAAAGCCAGCGAAACCGUAGACAGUAUUUUGCCGACGAUGGGCGGGUUCCGCGGGCCCGGCAGGUCCGGUACAUGGACCCGGCGGCGGGCGACGCCACGCCCGGAGACGCCGACGCCCAGCGGAGGAAUGGGAGGAAAUCCCGGCCGUCCCCGGCCAGCCAAAGAGCGAGUGCGAAGCAUGGCGCGCAGGAUAGCGUCAAGGAGCGCACGGAUAAGCAGCAUAAUUUAUUGGAAUCUGUGACAUUAGUGAGUAAAGGUAGUGGUAACGGUGACAGCGGCAGGAGUAGCGUAGGCAGUGAUAGCAGUAGUAGUGGUAGAAGUAGUAAUAGUAGCACCAGCAUGUCCAAAGGCACCCACCGACCGCAUCCUCCGCCACGGUCUCCGCCGACGGUAAACUGUUCCGCACCGGCCGACGCUCCCACCGCCGGAUGUCCCCCGUCCGUCACAUCCCCAUCGGCCUCCAGUCCCGGGUGGACCGGUGGCGAACGGAUGGUGCUCUUGCAGGACGCUCCGGUGGCACCGAAUGGCUUAGCUUUAAAUCACGCGCCGGCUGGCAAAGGAUCCGGCAGGCUGAAGGGUCACCCGGCCCCUACGACCGUCGGCCCUUCGGUCACCGGUCGACAUCACCGGAAGAUGCUCCCGGCCGCCAACCAAACGAUGACCCACCUGAAGGACAAGAUGACCACCGUGGCACCGUUCGCCGCCUUCGGGAAGCCGAAAUUGUUGCGCCCGAACCCGAAACACGACGGUGGAAGACACAACGGGACGGUGCGGGUGCCUCGCCGUCAGCCGCACUAUCAGGACGAUAUUUUCUUCGUGGAAAACUACCACCAUCGGAGGGACUCGCACCGUCCGGGGCCGGCGAUGGAUGAUUACUUGGGGAAUGAAAUAAUGCAGCGUGCCAACUUCUACAACCCCGUCUGUGGCACCGACGGAAGGACGUACAAAACCGAAUGUCAGCUGAAGAAGCGUGCUUGCCGACAGGAAAUCACAUCGCUGGUGGUCGCCUACAAGGGACACUGUCAAACGUCCUGUAAGUUUGUCAAGUGCUCGGACGGGAAGCGCUGCAUCGAGGACCAGAACGCGACGCCCCACUGCGUCACCUGCGGUGGCACCGAGUGCCGCCCGGACCGGUCGCCGAAGUCGGUCGUUUGCGGUGCGGACGGCAACACGUACCCGAGCGUCUGCGAGCUGAAGCGCCAAGCCUGUCUGACCGGCCGGGCCAUCCCGGUGGCGUACCGUGGACGCUGCAUCGAAACCGCCACUUGCGAGACGAUCAAGUGCAAGGAUCGGCAGCACUGUCUAACGGACCUGAAGACGCAUAAGCCGCGCUGCGUCAGCUGCAGCUACAAGUGUCCCCGCAUGAAACGCCGGCAGGGCAAUGGUAAACCGUUUCGCAAAACGAAAAACAACCCCUACGGUGAGCAGAGCGUUAAGCUGUGCGGCACCAACAACCGGACAUAUCACUCCUGGUGCCACAUGCAGAAGGAUUCCUGCAACACGGGAUUCUACAUCGACGUGCAGCACAGCGGAUCGUGUCCUUAUGGAAGGUAA